UGCGGUGUCUGCGGAAGCAAUCCUGGGAAAUACAAGUGCUCGCGAUGCCGUCUUCCUUACUGCUCCGUCCCUUGUAGCAAAGCCCACCAACAGAACCAUCCGCCAGACGCGCCGAAAGAAGAGCCCAAGCCGACAAAUCAGCCCUCGAGCGAGCCGCCAGCAGCAAGCGCAAACACGCCUCCGCAGACUGCCAUCGACCCAACGAACCCCUUCAGCGUUCUGGCAACCUCAGACAAGCUCCAGCUCCUCUUCAAGAAGUACCCCAACCUCCCAAAUCAGCUUCUCGAGAUUCAUGCCGCAACUCAGCCGCCGUCAGAUGGGCCCGACGCGGCAGCGAGGGCGAUACCCGCGUCGCUCAGGGAGGGCCUUCCGGUGAAUACGGGCAGGAAUGCAUGGAACCACGACAUUGGAAUCAAGAACGGCAAAGCAGCUCUGCGAAGGGCCCGCAAGGCCGACGGCAAAGACGGCGAGGCGAUACGAGAAUAUACCGAGCUGAUCGUGCACAUAAUGAACGAGACGGAAGACAAGAACAGCGCGGCUGCGUACGUGCAACGGCAGGUUGCUGAGCAAGACGCGGCCCUCAUUGAGCGUCUA